CAAAAUCGUCCAGUCGCGUAUACUACAAAUACUACAGCACUGCAUAUUAUAUCGGUGUUGUUAAAUCAACUAUUGGCAGUACAAAAACCGCACUGUGGUGAAACGCACGUGGCGAAUUAUGAGAAACUCGAUCGCUAUAUUUCAUAUUUUGGUCUCAAACAUUCUCUUCAGCGCAGGAUGCCCCUACGGUUCGGAAGAUGUGAAGGCUGCGUACAAAUCUGGCGAAAUGCUCGACCAGAACCCACCGAUAACCUUACAGAACAUCAUUAGAAAGCUGAAAGAGAGCGGCGUGUUCAACCCGGAGGAGGCCGAUCUGAACGCCAGAGAGAGGAAGGAGCUGAGCAAGCUUUAUGACGCUGUCGAGAUCAUGGUGACGUCACGGAACCGCCAACCUUCGACCGUCCAAAAUGUAUUCUCUUCGUUGCGAUUGGUCGAGAGAGUGGUUAAGAAACAGCUGAAAGAGGGCCAGUUGUCCGAGUCUUUGGCGUCCAAGUUCAACUGGGACAAAAUGUGAGUUCAGCGCGUACCGUGCCUGACAAACCGAUAUAUCAUUUGGACAAGGACACCAAUAUGAGAGUAUUUGAACUUUCGUAGGAAUGUAUAGAAAGAGAGAGAGAAGAAAGAAAAACCACGAAAAUAUAUAACAAAUAAGAAUUAGAAAUACAUUAAAAAAAUAUUUAUAUUAAGUUUAUAUAAUUGUAAUUAUACGACUAGAUAAUUUUUAAUAGACUCUUCAUUUUUUUAACCGUAUGUAACUGAAGUUUACCUAAUGGAGUGAAAUUUUUAUAUAUAUCUUUUAUGAUGCGUUCUUCGUAAUAUUAUUUCGUUUCUCUCGAUAUAUUGUGAAGUCGUAAUAAGACCUGGUAGUUAGUGAGAAUAAAAAAAAAUCGUUUUGUAGGAAUAAUCAUUUUCAACUAGAUAUUAUUGUGUUUUAUUCGUGUCGACCAAAACCGGGUCAAAACGCUUCACCUGCAUACAAGAUAUUUCGACAAAGUAUUAUCUAUACAGUAUCACAUAUAUAUAUUUACAUUUCAGGCGGGCUACUGUGACGUCUUAGAGCGCUACCAAUUCCAGUGUGGAAAGUGAUGGCGCUAUAUAGCCUGUCUUUUCCCACACUGGAAUUAGUACUGCUGUAAGACAUCUCGGUCUUACCCCUCGCCCCAUAUAUAUGCACAAGGACAAUUUAUUCUAUUUAGACUUUAACACGUUUCUGUAUUAGUAUAUAAGAUAUUAUUGUUUUAUUAAUAAAGAUAA